ACAUUCCCGACUUGCUGAUCUGCUGAAAGCCUCGAGCGUACUGGCAGGCGACACCAGAAGCUCUUUUGCACAUCGCCACAGAGAGAAAGAUAUCUCAAGCAGAGGCUGCUUUUAUCUCCCGCGUCAGUCAGUCAGUAGGAUCAGGUACACUGCGCAGCGCCGCGUGGGACUCGAGCUGUACUUCACCAACAACCAGACAGCAGUUCCAGUCCAGAGUCUGGAGGCAGCAGACAUUAACACUGUGGAGCAGAGCGGAACGAGCUGAUCCUUCUCUCCCGCUCCCGACCUGGUCCUUACGGACCUGACCAGAGAGAGAGAGCGAUGAGAGAAGAUUAAAUAAUGUGGAUUAUAUAGUCACUCACUGGAUACAACAGCUGAACACGACGCGGUUGCAAAAGGAUUUAGAUUUGAAGACUGAAGAGAUCGUUUCAGGGGGAUAUCUCUCUGCCCGGGUGGAAGAGGCGCUCAGGCAGGCUGCUUGUUGGGAUUUGAUUUUAAAGCUGUAUAAUAUUACAACUACAACACUUCUAGGCGGAUGCACAUAUAUAGAGUGUUUUUGAAGCAGUUUUGAGGAACAGAUUUGUUUAUUUUUAUGGUGAUAAUUAACUCUUAUAAAGGAUCGCUGUCAAAACGGAAACACACAGAAAGGAUCCUUGGGACAGUGAGAGGUAUAUCUGGGGUUGUUUCUAUGGUGACGGAGGCAGUGAUUCUGUUGGAUACCCAUGAUGCACCGGUAGGAUGCCUGAGUCGGAGACAGGUCUAGUAGCUCAGCACAUCACUGUGGAGACCAGAGGAAUAGUUGCUAUGUGGUGUUCUUUCUGGCUUUCCCUCCUCCUAUACCCUCUCUCCGUCUCUACAGCCAGAUUACCCACAGUACUGCCAACAGACUCUGUGUUCCUGGAGGACUAUGUGGUCUCUACUGGGGACACCCUGGAUCUGUCCUGUAACCCCAACGGUCCCGCCCAAGCUGUCCUCUGGUUCAAGGAUGGCAGCGGCCUGUUGCCUAGCAACCGGACGCGAGUGGACCAGAGGGUUCUACGCAUCAUCAACGUGUCUUACGAGGACUCCGGCAUGUACUCCUGCCACGUCACUCACGACAACAACCUGCUCAGCAACUACACAAUCAGAGUGACAGAUUCCCUGUCUUCUGGAGAUGAUGAAGACCAUGAUGAAGACUGGGACGAUACAGGUAAUGGAAAUGAAGGCCCGUAUUGGACCAGACCGGACCGCAUGGAGAAGAAGCUCCUCGCUAUCCCAGCAGCCAAUACCGUCAAAUUCCGUUGCGCUGCCGCUGGAAACCCCAUGCCCUCCAUCCAUUGGCUGAAGAAUGGGAAGGAGUUUAAGGGUGAACAGAGGAUGGGCGGGAUCAAGCUAAGGCACCAGCAGUGGAGUCUGGUGAUGGAGAGUGCUGUCCCUUCAGACCGUGGGAACUACACCUGUGUUGUACAGAACAAGUACGGCACCAUCACCCACAGCUACCAGCUAGACGUGCUAGAGCGCUCCCCUCACAGGCCCAUCCUCCAGGCAGGUCUUCCAGCCAAUCAGACAGUGGUAUUGGGCAGUAAUGUGGAGUUCCACUGUAAGGUGUACAGUGAUGCCCAGCCUCACAUCCAGUGGCUGAAGCACAUCGAGGUGAACGGAUCCCGGUAUGGUCCUGACGGUGUCCCAUACGUCAACAUACUCAAGAGUCUAGUGAGCAGGAGAACAGAGGUUGAUGUUAUACUGGCUGUGUUGAAUGUGACCGAAGCUGAUGCCGGGAAGUAUUGGUGUCGAGCAUCUAACUUUGUAGGAAAGUCAGAAAACGCCUUCUGGCUCACGGUACACAGACCAAGUAAACCAGCGCUGCACGAUGGUGACAAGGAGGAUGACUAUGCUGACAUCCUGAUCUAUGUGACGGGCUGCGUGCUAUUCAUCCUGGCCGUCGUCAUCAUCAUCCUCUGUCGUAUGAGGAUGUCUACCCAGAAGACCCUUCCCUCCCCGCCCAUCCAGAAACUCUCCAAGUUCCCCUUAAAGAGACAGCAGGUUUCCUUGGAGUCUAACUCCUCCAUGAACUCCAACACACCAUUGGUCAGGAUUGCACGUCUGUCAUCCAGCGAUGGACCAAUGCUGUCCAACGUCUUGGAGCUGGAGCUUCCGUCAGACCCCAAAUGGGAGUUCUCUAGGACCAGGCUAACGUUGGGUAAACCUCUGGGAGAGGGCUGCUUCGGUCAGGUGGUAAUGGCGGAGGCCAUCGGGAUCGACAAGGAGAAACCCAACAAGCCCCUCGACGUCGCUGUGAAGAUGCUCAAAGACGACGCCACAGAUAAGGACCUGUCAGAUCUGGUCUCAGAGAUGGAGAUGAUGAAGAUGAUUGGAAAACACAAAAACAUCCUCAACCUCCUGGGAGCAUGUACACAGGAUGGUCCCCUGUACGUGUUGGUGGAGUACGCUUCCAAAGGGAACCUGAGGGAGUACCUGAGAGCCCGUCGGCCCCCAGGGACGGACUACUCCUUCGACACCUGUAAGAUCCCUGACGAGCAGCUCACCUUUAAAGACCUGGUGUCCUGUGCCUAUCAGGUGGCGCGUGGCAUGGAGUACCUGGCCUCACAGAAGUGUAUCCAUAGAGAUCUGGCAGCCAGGAACGUCCUGGUAACCGAGGAGAAUGUGAUGAAGAUUGCAGACUUCGGUCUGGCCAGAGAUGUGCACAACAUAGACUACUACAAGAAGACUACUAAUGGUCGUCUACCCGUGAAAUGGAUGGCUCCAGAGGCUCUGUUCGACCGCGUCUACACGCACCAGAGCGAUGUGUGGUCGUAUGGGGUGCUGCUCUGGGAGAUAUUUACCCUGGGAGGGUCCCCGUACCCCGGCAUCCCUGUAGAGGAGCUGUUCAAACUGCUGAAGGAGGGCCACCGCAUGGACAAACCUGCCAACUGCACACAUGAACUAUAUAUGAUCAUGAGGGAGUGCUGGCACGCUGUCCCAUCUCAGAGACCUACCUUCAGGCAGCUGGUGGAGGACCAUGACAGGGUUCUGUCCAUGACCUCCACAGACGAGUACCUGGACCUGUCUGUUCCGUUUGAGCAGUACUCUCCAACCUGCCAAGACUCCAGCAGCACCUGUUCCUCAGGAGAUGACUCUGUGUUCUCCCACGACCCCCUCCCCACGACCCCCUCCCUGACCAACCAUGCCUCCCGACGACCCCCUUCUCACGACCCCCUCCCUGACCAACCCUGCCUCCCCAAAAUGAGGGGGGAAUAACCUUAUCAAACUGCUGCAGAUUUACAUGGCAAUCAGGACAUAGGUGGGUCUGGAUGGGGAGGGGGGGUGCUCCCCCAAGACACCUCUCAGCGUCAUACUUUGAGCCUCCUCCAGAUAUGAGGAAGAGAACAGCAAUACAUCCUCAAACGGACACAUUUUUAAAGAAUCUUUGCAUUGAAGGUUGGACAAUUCUUUGCCGCCAAAAACUGAAAAUGUAUGUUUUUUAUACUUGGCCAGUCUUUAGUUAUUGACAAUCCGAAAGGUCAAACCAUUCAGUGCCUACUGGAACCUAACUCUAACCCACAGGACUGGGAGGAGACACAAGGACAUGAACACCAUUAACCAGGGAGGCAGGGUAUCUAUAGGGUAUCUAUAACGCCAUUGGCCAUGAAAGCAGAGAAUCUAUAACGCCAUUGGCCAGGGAGGCAGGGUAUCUAUAACGCCAUUGGCCAGGGAGGCAGGGCAUCUAUAACGCCAUUGGCCAUGAAAGCAGGGAAUCUAUAACGCCAUUGGCCAGGGAGGCAGGGUAUCUAUAACGCCAUUGGCCAGGGUGGCAGGGUAUCUAUAACGCCAUUGGCCAGGGAAGCAUGGUAUCUAUAACGCCAUUGGCAAAAAGAAAGCAGGGUAUCUAUAACGCCAUUGGCCAGGGAGGCAGGGUAUCUAUAACGCCAUUGGCCUCGAAAGCAGGGUAUCUAUAACGCCAUUGGCCAGGGAGGCAGGGUGUCUUUAACGCCAUUGGCCAGGGAAGCAUGGUAUCUAUAACGCCAUUGGCCUCGAAAGCAGGGAAUCUUUAACGCCAUUGGCCAGGGAGGCAGGGUAUCUAUAACGCCAUUGGCCAGGGAGGCAGGGUAUCUAUAACGCCAUUGGCCAGGGAGGCAGGGUAUCUAUAACGCCAUUGGCCAGGGAGGCAGGGUAUCUAUAACGCCAUUAGCCAGGGAGACUGGGUAUCUAUAAUGCCAUUGGCCAGGGAGGCAGGGUAUCUAUAACGCCAUUGGCCAGGGAGGCAGGGUAUCUAUAACGCCAUUAGCCAGGGAGGCUGGGUAUCUAUAACACCAUUGGCCAGGGAGGCUGGGUCUCCUUAUCUCUCCUCAGUGGAGUACGCGGGAACUUGUUUUUGCAAAUGUGCAGCAUACCAGCAGAGCCAGAAUCAACAAAAUUAUGUGACAAGUUCUUCCAAUAACAGUUAGUGCUUUACUCCAAGAUCCCUCACCCUCACCUCUGUUGAAUCAUCUCAACCAUCAUGCAACAGAAUGGGACUACAAUACAACAAUCUGAACCAGGACUGUAACAGAAGUCUCUGCUGUUUGAAACUCUGAUGGGAACCAAGCUGCAGUCAGACCCUUCAACAUGAGGGAAAUAUAGAACCAGUCUCUCUGAUGGGAACCAAGCUGUAGUCAGACCCUUCAACAGGAGGGAAAUAUAGAACCAGUCUCUCUGAUGGGAACCAAGCUGUAGUCAGACCCUUCAACAGGAGGGAAAUAUAGAACCAGUCUCUCUGAUGGGAACCAAGCUGUAGUCAGACCCUUCAACAGGAGGGAAAUAUAGAACCAGUCUCUCUGAUGGGAACCAAGCUGUAGUCAGACCCUUCAACAGGAGGGAAAUAUAGAACCAGUCUCUCUGAUGGGAACCAAGCUGUAGUCAGACCCUUCAACAGGAGGGAAAUAUAGAACCAGUCUCUCUGAUGGGAACCAAGCUGUAGUCAGACCCUUCAACAGGAGGGAAAUAUAGAACCAGUCUCUCUGAUGGGAACCAAGCUGUAGUCAGACCCUUCAACAGGAGGGAAAUAUAGAACCAGUCUCUCUGAUGGGAACCAAGCUGUAGUGAGACCCUUCAACAGGAGGGAAAUAUAGAACCAGUCUCUCUGAUGGGAACCAAGCUGUAGUCAGACCCUUCAACAGGAGGGAAAUAUAGAACCAGUCUCUCUGAUGGGAACCAAGCUGUAGUCAGACCCUUCAACAGGAGGGAAAUAUAAUUGGGGGUGUUUCUAUGUAUCUUUAAAACGUUUUAAUUGUUUUAAUUGUAAAUAUAUAAAUGCAAAUAUGUAUCAUAUUGCUGUCAGCAGCCAUGUGCUUAAAAUGAGAUUUCUUUUCUUAUAAAAUAUUGUUUUAGAAUCAAAGCAUUGCAAUCGAGAAUACACUGUCAUGAUCAUGUAAUAAUUUAAAGUGAUACAAAAGGUUUAUUUGAAUUAUUAACAUGUAUAUUUGUAAAGAUAUUUAUAGACUUAACAUGUAGUUCAUAAGUUAGAACAAUCUUGUUCAGGAUUUAGUACUGUAAGCAAAGAUGUUUUAUUUAUUUUUCUGUAACUUAUGUAAAGCAGAACAAUAUUAUUUUCACGACUGGCAGAUUUUAUUUCUCUUGUUUUUCAUCCAUCUUGUUUUAUUUACAGUAAAGAAAAUGUAUGAAAGAUUUAAAGCCAUUUUAAUGAGCAGAGCAGGACAAGGAAACUGAGUUUGAUUAAAUGUAAAUCUAGGGAGUGAAACAUUAUUGAGUCGUACCUCGGUUGCAAAGUUGACUUUUACCAAAUCAAAGAAGUGAUUCACAGGACUCACUUGCGAAGGUUUCAGUAACAUUUUAGCUAAAUGUCAAAUUUACUUUACUACUAUUUAUGUUUGAAGUACUUUUUACAAGAUUAUGUUUGACCAUGCUAGUUUCCCAUGCUACAGUAGUUCUAAAAGUAGUCCUCUUCAUCCAAGUUAUUCUUCUAUCUCUUAUGUUGUUAGAAUUGUUAUAUACUGUUAUAUAUAGAGAGGCUAAUACUAUAGAGAAGCUAAUACUAGAGAGGCUAAUACUAUAGAGAGGCUAAUAAUAUAAUAAACAUUAUCUAGUGUUACUGAAACAUGAUCUAGUGUUACUGAAACAUUAUGUAGUGUUACUGAAACAUCUGAAACAUUAUCUAGUGUUACUGAAACAUUAUCUAGUGUUACUGAAACAUUAUCCAGUGUCACUGAAACAUUAUCUAGUGUCACUGAAACAUUAUCUAGUGUUACUGAAACAUUAUCUAGUGUUUCUGAAACAUGAUCUAGUGUUACUGAAACAUCUUAAACAUAUCUAGUGUUACUGAAACAUUACCUAGUGUCACUGAAACAUCUGAAACAUUAUCUAGUGUUACUGAAACAUCUUAAACAUAUCUAGUGUUACUGAAACAUUAUCUAGUGUUUCUGAAACAUGAUCUAGUGUUACUGAAACAUCUUAAACAUAUCUAGUGUUACUGAAACAUUACCUAGUGUCACUGAAACAUCUGAAACAUUAUCUAGUGUUACUAAAAUAUUAUCUAGUGUAACUGAAACAUUAUCUAGUGUUACUAAAACAUUAUCUAGUGUUACUGAAACAUUAUCUAGUGUUACUGAAACAUCUGAAACAUUAUCUAGUGUUACUAAAACAUUAUCUAGUGUUACUAAAACAUUAUCUAGUGUUACUGAAACAUUAUCUAGUGUUACUAAAACAUUAUCUAGUGUUACUGAAACAUUAUCUAGUGUUACUGAAACAUC